AUGCGUCAAAGCGGCUGGAGCAUGUUUCGGACGGAAAUGAAGCGCAAGAAAGCCAAUCAGUCAUUGACUCUCGGCGACCUGAGAAAAAUGUGGAGAGAAUCACCCACCGAUGUCCGCCAGAGGUACGAAGCCCUGGCCAACGAUGACAAUAAAAGGUCGAAGGCCGCAGCUGCACGCUUCGGCGCUGAACGCAUGACGCGGAGCCGGACGCACAAAGUUCAUAUCUCAAGCCCAUUAUCCAAGGAUAUCUCCUCGGCUUUGCAAGCGUCGGAUUCGCACUCGCACUUGGACUCGCACUUGGACUUGUCAGACUCGGAGUCCUUAUGCUCUCGGGGUUCUUGUUCCCCAUGCUCUUCAUUUGUAAAACCUUCGCGCGGACCAUUCCCCCCUGCAACCACCUUGCCUGCACCUUAUCCUGUGCCGCCGGCGAAUAUGACCACUGAACAGGCCUCUAUAUUCUUUCACAAAUUCUAUCACGAACCCAAAGUGGUGCCUAUUACGACGUCAACAGAGUCGCUGGAGAGUCUUGAAGACGAGCCUAUGCCAGAUGUCUUCGACUUUGGUGAAACUGACCCUUACGAAUCACCUCUCGAAUCACACCGUCAGUGCGGGAUGAUCACAGCCUGGGCAGAAGAUUGGGUGCAACCGCCCUAA